UCUGAUUCAGUGUCGGUCGAACGACUUGGCAAACGGUUGUUCGUCGUACUUGUGAGGUUGGUCCCGGGCAGCGCGCGUUCGAACACGGUUGUAAAAAUAAUAUUGUCCCAUUCUCUUGUGUUUUUGUAUAAUCGCACGUAGUUUUUUUUAUUUUCGUCAACGUUGUUGUUAUUAUUAUUAUUGCCUUUUGUUUUACUGUCCGUCGAUCCUUAUCACACGCAUAAGUGUUCCACUGCCGAAACAAAACAAUAAUUAUUCUUCGAUUAUAAAAUAUAUUAAAAUAAAUAAUUUAAAACGUGUACGUUGGCGAGUGUACAAUAUAUAAUAUUUUACGGGACAUUACGUAGCUAAUCGUGUCGGUAGAUCCGCUGGUUUUCUGGUUGUCGUCGUCGAUUAUCUCACAACGUAAAUGAGAACGAAACCCACCGUGCGCCGGAAUUCGUGGACUAACCGUCACUGACGUACUGUUAUGGCUGUGGUCGGCCCGAGUCGACACUCCAGGGUGUCAAUGUCACUGAUGCAGGGCUCGACGAACGGUCCAGUUGGCAACCACCAGCAGGCCAGCGCUUCGCAACAGUUUUUCCACGCUCAACAGCAGUCUCACCAUGCCGCGCAAUCGGCCACUGCACAUCCGGUGGACUAUAAGCCUGACAGACCGAUUGGAUAUGGCGCCUUUGGAGUCGUCUGGGCUGUUACAGAUCCACGAGACGGACGAAGAGUUGCGUUGAAGAAGCUUCCAAAUGUUUUUCAAUCUCUAGUCUCCUCGAAACGAGUGUUUAGAGAAUUAAAAAUGUUAUGCAAUUUUAAACACGAAAAUGUAUUGUCCGCCCUUGACAUUCUGCAACCGCCUCAUUUGGAUUUUUUUCAAGAAAUAUACGUAAUAACGGAACUAAUGCAGAGUGACUUGCACAAAAUUAUAGUGUCGCCGCAGCAGCUGUCACCGGACCAUAUAAAAGUUUUCCUCUAUCAAAUCCUCAGGGGUCUCAAGUAUCUGCAUUCUGCACGAAUAUUGCACAGAGACAUCAAACCAGGAAAUCUUCUCGUCAACAGUAAUUGUAUUCUAAAGAUAUGUGACUUUGGUCUGGCCAGAGUAGAAGAACCAGACGAGACGAAACACAUGACUCAAGAAGUGGUGACACAAUAUUAUAGGGCACCGGAAAUAUUGAUGGGAGCCAAACAUUACACAUCAGCCAUAGACGUGUGGAGCGUCGGUUGUAUAUUUGCCGAACUCGUCACCCGGCGGAUACUGUUCCAAGGCCAAGAUACAGUUCAACAAUUGGAGUUGAUAACGGACUUGCUCGGUACGCCGACCAUGGAAGACAUGGCCCACGCGUGUCCGGCCGCCCGUUCCCACAUGCUCAUACGACGCAUGAAGAAACCGUCCAUGUCGCUAUUGUAUUCACUGUCUUCGUUGAUGACGCACGAGGCGGUUCACUUGAUUUCCCAAAUGCUAGUUUUCAAUCCGGAUAAACGGAUGUCUGUUAUGGACGCGCUGGUCCAUCCUUACAUAGACGAGGGUCGUCUUAGGUAUCACAGCUGUAUGUGUAAAUGCUGUUUCACGGUACCGUUGACGGGUCUGCGGCAUUUCUGUAUGGACUACGAACCGGUUGCGCCACAGACGUUCGACGACAAAUGGGAGAAGAAAAUGUCGAACGUACAACAAGUCAAAGAGGAACUUCACAAGUUUAUUGGCGACCAAUUGAGCAGUCAUCGCGUACCAUUGUGUAUAAAUCCCCAGUCAGCAGCAUUUAAAAGUUUCUCUAGUGAUGUUUGAUCGGAGCAGACUGCCUCAAUUCCUUAUAUUUAUAUGUAUUUACAUUGUGUAUAUAUAUAUAUUAUAUUAACGUGAUAACCGGAUCUCAAAUUGGGCCCCCCGAGACCGAGACUGAAUGAAUGUAACACAAAUAAAAUCGAGACAAGAAGAUUAAACAUAAAAAAAAAAUUGUACAUAGUUCUGAAUUUUUAUUUCUUUCUUUUUAUUAUAUGUGUGAGCAAAAUGCUUGAUUUUUACUGAUUUAGACGAUUGAAAGCUCAGUGUCCCAACUUUUAUUUAUAUUUUUUUUUUUAGUACGCUUAUUUUCUUAUAAUAAUUAUUAUUUUUUAAUUCUUUUUUUUUUUUACCAACGAUAAAUUUUUUCGAUUUUCUCCGAUUUUUAAUGUUUACCAAUAUUAUAUAAUAACGCAUCUUAUUUAUAAAUAUGAAAAAAUAAAUAAUACUUGAUUUUUAAACUUUAUUCAUCCGGUAAUGAUAUUAAAAACAUACGCACACGAUGAACGCUAUAGGUUUAAAGACAUAACAUCAGCUUUAAACGGUCAUAAAAAGUAAUGUAUCGGAAAGACGUGUAUUUUAUAUUUUUAAUUGUGUAUAAUAUAUUAACGCGGUAAAAGACGAAUACGAGAACGCGGUAGUUUGCGUGGAAAAUACUUUUUGUAAAUAACGUACCUAAGUGAUUUUUUUUUCGUAAUGUAAAUAAUUAUUUGUACAUUUUAAAUGUGUAUUAUAAUAAUAUGUGAAUCGCACUUAA